AUGGCCCCAAACACUUGGACUGACACCGCCGAGAAGGAUUUGAUCUGGACCUUCAUCAAAGUCUCCAAUGGUGGCAAGAUUCCCAAGGCCAACUGGGUUGCCAUUCACCAGGAGAUGACUGGUAUGGGCUACCAAUUCACCAUUCCCGCUCUCAACCAGCACUGGUCCAAGACUAUCGUCAAGAACUAUGGCAAGCGCGUCGAGGGCGUCGCCGCCGGCAACGCUGCUACCCCGGACUUGGCCAGUGCUCCGUCCACCCCUUCCACUUCCCGCAAGCGUGCUGCCCCCGGUUCUGGUGCUCGUGUCCCGGGAGCUCGCGGCCGCCGAGGCAACCAGGCCGCUCAUGACAUGGCUUCUGGCGCCGAUGCUGUCGACGACGGCCAGGACGAUGACGAGUUCGAGCUCGAGGACAUCAAGCCCAAGAUGAAGCGCACCAAGAUUUUUAACCAUGGCGCGGCCGUUGGCCUCAACGGUCAGCAAAUCGACCUCACUAACGAUACCGAGAACGUCCAGGCCUCCCAGCGCCUUGAGGGUCUCUCUAUCAUGGAUGGAGUCAAGGUCGAGGGCGAUGAUGGAUACUUUGGCCGUGGCCGCGAUCGCAGCAUGACUGCCGCUCCUGCCGGACAUUUUGCCACGGACUUCAACGCAUUCGCCAGCAACGCAGGCCCCUCUCAGCACCGUAAGCUUGGCGAUUCCAUCUAG